AGAUUCACCGGUACAGCUGAAGACCAACAACAUUAAUAGCCUGUACGGUGUGAUCCGCCAACUUUGAAGAUUGUUAAUUAAUACCCUGUUUCACUGCAUCAAUACGAGCUCAAACCCAAAAUGAUUUUCGUGGUUUACCUCGUCGUGUGCUUCUUUUCAAUACCCGUCAAAGCCCAGAUUGAAGGUGUUCGUCUCUUUGAUGGUGAAAAACUAGGAGAAGGAAGGGUGGAGGUUUUCUACCAAGGAGCAUGGGGGACUGUUUGUGAUGACAAUUGGGAUAUCAACGAUGCCAAUGUUGUCUGUCAAUCUCUCGGUCUCGGAAAUGCAUUAGACGCGUUUUCGGAAGCUAGAUUUGGCGAAGGCACUGGGAGCAUCGUCUUGGAUGAAAUCUCCUGUACUGGAACCGAAGCAGAAAUCUCCGACUGUGGCAAUGCUGGUCUUGGAGUCCACGACUGUUCACAUUGGGAAGAUGCAGGAGUCAGAUGUCAGAAAUCCGUACGCUUGGUAGAUGGAGGCGAUGAUCCGAACGGAGGAAGGGUUGAGGUCUAUUACAAUGGAGCAUGGGGGACUGUCUGCGAGGAUUGGUGGGAUGUUCUCGAUGCCCAAGUCGUUUGCCGAAGUCUUGGAUAUGACGACGGAGAAGCAGAAGAUGGGGGCGUAUUCCCACCAGGAUCCGGGGAUAUCAUCGUGGAUGAUGCGUUAUGUCACGGAACUGAAAGCGAACUUCGUGACUGCCACAUGAAUAAUGGAGACAUUGGCAACCACAACUGCGUGCAUACUCAAGAUGCUGGGGUCAGAUGUAGCUAUGAUGAAAAUUAAGAUCACAGAUGCUGCAUGGAAGAUGAAGUUGAUUGUUAAUGUAAUUCGAUGGUGUUUGUUACUUUGUUGAUACUUUUCUACAUCUACAUACUCGUCCCCAUCUCUUCAAGUUUAUGGAUGACCAGGGACUAAAGAUAUAUUGCAUAUGUUCUGAGUUGGUAUUGUAAACUAAAAUAUAAUCAUUGAAAGAGAAUAUGGCGCCGCUUUUAUAGUGAUAGUGGAAUCGAGAUUUGCUACCACUUUGAUAUAGAUCUUGAGUGAUAAUUUUUUGAUUGCUUAUAUUAUCAUAACACUUGGCAUUUUUCAUCUUUAAAUGCAGUACAAUAAUUGGGAUCUAUAUUUAUUAUGACUUUUAUAUAGCUGUGUUUUCCCUUUUAUUCGUCAUAUUACAAAAUCUUUGGUUAAUUUAGCCUAGAGAACUUUAUAAAAUCCACUGGUGUAUAUUAUAAUAGUUUCCUGUAAUUUCUAAUCUGCUUUGCGUUAUUAGCUCUGGAACAGCAAUGUCCAGUGGUCGGAUAUAACAUAAUGGGCAAAAUCAUAUAAAAACAUCAUUCGUUUAAAAAUGGUUUAAGGCCUGAAUCGUUAUGGUUUCUUUACGUGGAAUUAAAAUCCGUUUACUCAUCCGA